AUGUCGCAGAACACGGGCAGAAGCAAGUCUUCGCCAACCUUCCAUUUCGUUGCCGGCCUCGGUUCUGGCACGUUGAGCGCUGUACUUCUACAGCCGUUCGAUCUUCUCAAGACACGCGUGCAGCAGUCUGGUUCACAUUCGAUCAGAGCCGCUAUAAGGGACAUUGCCAAGUCUCCAAAUGCAUUGACUGCCUUUUGGAGGGGCACCGUACCCUCAGCCCUACGAACGGGCGUCGGGUCGGCCAUCUACUUUACCACCCUGAACAUGAUUCGGCAGCGUGCAACCGCCUUGCCAUUUGCUACGGUUCCUGUUAUUGAUAAGCACGGGUCUUCUUCUUCGCUACCGAAGCUUUCCAAUACCGCCAACAUGUUAUCCGGAGCCGUCGCUCGAGCUUUUGCAGGCUUCAUUCUGAUGCCCCUGACCGUCAUCAAGGUACGGUAUGAGUCAAACUUUUAUUCGUAUAAGUCCAUUGCCGGCGCUGCCAGGGAUAUAUACAGAACAGAGCGUAUCCCGGGAUUCUUCGCCGGCUUUGGCGCUACCGCCCUUCGAGACGCUCCAUAUGCUGGACUCUACGUUCUUUCGUAUGAGCAAUUCAAAAAGCGACUCAGCGCCUGGCUUUAUGUGAGCCCAGCUAUUACUCACGGACAGACCCGCUCGGGGAUGGGAAGUUCUUUAUCUGCUACUAUAAAUUUCAGCUCCGGAGCACUGGCUGGUGCGACGUGUUCUUUUAUAUCAAAUCCAUUCGAUGCUGUCAAGACGCGCAUACAGUUGCAGCCCCGCCAGUACCGUAACAUGAUUCAAGCGUGCCGCAAAAUGGUUACGGAGGAGGGUGUGCGAUCACUCUAUGACGGUCUCGCUCUACGUAUGACGCGUAAAGCGAUAAGUUCCGCGUUAGCUUGGAUGGUGUACGAGGAGUUAAUUCGGAGAGCAGAGACUACGCUAUAUUCAAGAGAUGCGAAAGGGCAUGUAUAA